CAGCUUUCAACAUGUGGACUACUCUCACAGUUUCUCUCAGCAGCGCCUCGUCCUGCCAGCCCUCAGAUGAUCCAGGCGGUUUCAGGAGAAAACGCUGCAGUCUGGUGUCGCUUCAAUCGCCCCGAAAACUUCACCCCUAAAGCAUUGCACUGGAAAGUUAACAACACCAAGGAUGUCCUCUUCUCUCGACAUAAAGGAUGGAUUGAUCCUGACGCAGCAGAUGCUCAAUACAAACACAGGACUUCUCUGAGCCUGGAGGACCUGGCCAGAGGAAUCCUGCUGGUGAACAUCUCCAAUGUGACUCCGUCUGACAGUGGAAACUACGAAGGUGUCGUCAUUGGAAAGCUUGCAGGCCACGACGACCCUUUGGAGUUGAAGUGUUCUGUCGAAUUCAUCGUAGUGAAGGAGGAGGAACAGAGCAAGAGAAAGGACUCAGGAACACCUGCACCUCCAGCUGAGGGAGAUCCUGCUGCAGAUGUCUGGAAAGCUGCCCUCCUCGGUGUCCUAAUUCCUGUUGCUGUCGUUGUUGCUGUCGUUUGGUUUCUGGUGGAACGUGGAGUGAUCCCGAAUUGUAAGAAAGAAGGAGAGCCGAAGACCUCAGAGGGAGAUCAGCAGAGCGCUGCAGAAGAAGGCCUGGUGGGGUCAGAGGUCACAGCAGAAGAAGGCCUGGUGGGGUCAGAAGUCAAAGACAACAACAAUCAACCAUCAGAUACGGUCUAUUAAAGGGUCAAUCAAGGCAGAAUAUACCUUUCAAUAUCCCCUGACAAACAUAGGGCUGGGCCAUCAAUCAAUAUAAAAUCUAUAUUCAAAUCAAAAUCAAAUCAAGUUUUAUUUAUA